AUGCUAGCCAAACAUACCCUAUCCGCUUCGAAAGGCGUGUCGAAACAGGAAUCACCUAUAGACCUAUGGACUACAGUUGGAAUGCCUAAUUAUCCUCAUUGGCCGAUUGAGGUUCAAGUGAUUUUUGAAGGGUUCUACGACAGUGAAAAAGAAAUGGACUGGAUUACAGUGGAUGCAUCCGUCAACUUGAUCUUUCGCUUUGGCUGGUCUUGGCGUCACAAAGCCUGUCCGUCCGAUACAUUAAUCUCUCCGCACCAAACCUCCGUCCCAUUAGUCUGUCAUCAUCCUUCUCGUGGACCUGAUCAUUCUUCCUCCGCAGUUUCCAGCGCUUUGAGCGAUUGUAGAUUCUGUCCGCUGGAUGUGAUCGAGCAAGCCAAAUGGAUAACUUCUGGUAGCCGUUUGAGCAGUGGUCAGUUGGAGCUUAGAGUCACCUCCGUAGAACGUCGAUGUCCAAAGCGUCGGGAUACCAUUCGCACUUCUAAUCCGUCGAAUAGUGGCUUUGCAAGCACCAACUCCACAACUGAUCGUGAUCACCUAAUGUCGGAUAGUACUAUGUCGAAAAACAAACAAGGGCUUAGUGGUGCUUCUUAUCCAGUGCACUAUAUGACUGCUCCGCUACCGCUCUCAGAAUCGGUGCUGUAUAUUGCGAUAACUGAAUUCACAUUUCUCCUUCUACAGGUUCCACUCAUCAGUUUCAACCAUUUCUCCUCACUCCCGGUCUAUACGAACUGCGGUUGGGCGUGGACCACGGCCUGUCUUCCUUCUCCCAGACCUCAGACGAGAGGCGGGGCCCCNGUCCCCAAUGGAUCUGGGAUUGAGAACGGGUCACAUGAAACAGCGAGUACCACAGACAGUUUAGCUACCAGUACCUCAGAUUUUCCACUAGGCACAGCUUGUUCCUCGGACGAGGUGUCUAGCUUGACUAGCCAAGCUAGUGGAGCUACAUCUGGCCGGGUCGAGUGGCGUCGCGUUCGUUUUCCACGGGCCUCGGACGCAUUGGAUGAGUACAAUCGUUGGCCUAGCCUCAAAUUUCGUGUAGUAUGGCAUGGGGAAGCUACUCGAAGUGAGCCCAGUGAACCCACAGUCCCAAUUCCCAUUCGUAAUGGACCCUUGAUCAACGAAGUCAAAGAUAGCCGAGCAUCGGUCGUUAAAUGUACGUUAGCGCUUCAUGAUUGA